AUCUCUUCGACUCUUGGUCAAUUAACUUUUGCAACAUUUUCAAGUACAAGUACGUUAAGACCGCCAAUUUCAACAUCUUUAACUCCUACAAGUCCGACAAGUGUGCCAAGUCCGAUAAGUACGUCAAAUCCUACAAAUUUGUCAAAUCCAAUAUCCUCUUCAGAUUCGAAUUUUACCACACCACCUGUAACUGUUCCAUAUAAUACGGUCGAUGUACCUCCAAAUAAUGGAACAUGGACUAUUUGUUCAAAUGAAUCUACGAGAUAUAUUAGUUACAGUGUAAAAGUUGUCGACAGCAUUUUUCCAAUAACCCCUGGAUACGGAAAAACGACACCUGGCACUUCAUCCCCUCUUGCUACUGCACCUCAAGUUGGUAUAGCUGCUCGAAUUCGAUAUGCAAAUGCACAAAAAUUCAUUCCUUCAUUAUCUUGUUAUCUACAAUUUACUAUUUCCUGCGAUCAAGAUACUGGGAAUAUACCAGUGCGAGAUAAUGACAAUUAUUGUUUGGAUAUAAUAAACCCUGCUUCUAGUUCACAAAGAGUUAAUGUUACUGCAUCGUUUACAAAAAGUUCUGUCUUUGAAGGUGGUGGUUUUACUAGCGCUAAUCAACCUGGUGGAAAUGCUGAAUCUCCAAUAAGUAAGGCAAAUAUUCCAAUGUCAAAAAUAUGGGUUGAAUG